AGCUGCCCUGAAACAAAUUCUCAGUAAGUGCCGGUAACUGCAGGAGGCACAGGAAGAGGAGAAGAGGGAGAGCGAAGGCAUCAAGGGGAAGACCGCUCUGCACUUAACUUGUUUUCCUGCCUCUCAAAGAUUGUGACACACAACACCCUUUUCCUCUUGUCUGUCUGCUAUCCUACUCCUUGCAGCCAUGGCACCCACUCUAGCCACCGCAUUUGCCCGUCGCUGGUGGAUGGCAGUAACAGCCAUCAUUGAAAAUCUGCUCUUCUCUGCCGUUCUGCUGGGUUGGGGCUCCUUACUCAUCAUGCUGAAGUCCGAGGGCUUCUAUUCAUACCUCUGCACAGAUCCAGGAAACAGCUCGAUGGCCAACUUCUCCUUACCAGCUGUGCCUUCAUCACUGUCAAAUGAUGCCGAUUAUGAAUACGAUGAGUUUCAGCCUGUCAAGCGUGAUGGCAGCGUGGAGGUGGUCCCUUUAAACCAUCCGGAGGACAAUCUGAGGAUGAACGGCUGGCUCAUCUGUAAAGAACAGGAUGAGAUGUUGAAUCUGGCCUUCACCGUGGGCUCCUUUCUCCUCAGCGCCAUCACACUCCCUCUUGGAAUCGUUAUGGAUAAAUAUGGCCCACGUAAACUCCGGCUGCUUGGAAGUGCCUGCUUUGCCCUCUCGUGCCUUAUGAUUGCUUAUGGAGCCAACAAUCCAAAUGAUCUGUCCGUUUUGAUCUUUAUCGCUUUGACCUUUAAUGGCUUUGGAGGAAUGUGCAUGACCUUCACUUCACUUACGCUGCCCAACAUGUUUGGUGACUUGCGUGCCACCUUCAUCGCGCUCAUGAUUGGCUCGUACGCUUCCUCAGCUGUCACCUUUCCUGGGGUCAAGGUGAUUUAUGACCUUGGCGUGACCUUCAUCACGAUUCUGGUGGUCUGGGCGGGCUGUGCAGGUCUCGUCUUUAUCAACUGCUUCUUCAACUGGCCCUUGGAACCUUUCCCUGGACCCGAGGACAUGGACUACACUGUCAAGAUCAAGUUCAGUUGGCUGGGAUUUGACCAUAAGAUUACAGGAAAGCAGUUUUAUAAGCAGGUGACGACAGUGGGCAAGCGUCUUAGUGUGGAUAACACUCAGAAACAGAAAGAGCUUGCAAAAGAGGGCCAAAAACUCUGCCUGUCCACCAUGGACUUGGAACUGCAGUGUGAGGCCAAGGAGGAAACUCAAUCGUUCAUGAAGAGCAUUCUCAGCCCUCUCUUCAUGUUGAGUCUGGUGACCAUGUGUGUAACUCAACUGCGUCUCAUCUUCUACAUGGGAGCCAUGAACAACAUCUUGGAGUCCCUCAGUGGAGGAGAUCUCAACACUGUGAGCCUCUACACCUCUAUUUUUGGCGUGAUGCAACUCUUGUGCUUGAUGACGACGCCGGUCAUUGGUCAGAUUAUGGACUGGAAGCUAAAAGAAUGCGAUGAUGGAGAAAACGAUGAAAAAGAGCCCAACAAGGACGAGCCUCAGCCCAAACGCAGAGACAGACAAAUUCAGAAAGUCACCAACGCCACACGGGCCUUCAUCUUCACCAACAUUCUUCUUGUUGGCUUUGGCAUCACCUGCCUAAUUCCCAACCUCCCUCUUCAGAUGCUCUCAUUCGUCCUUCACACAAUCGUCAGAGGCUUCAUCCACUCUGCCAUCGGUGGACUUUACGCCGCUGUGUACCCGUCCUCUCAGUUCGGGAGUCUGACAGGAAUGCAGUCAUUGGUCAGCGCUGUGUUCGCUCUGCUGCAGCAGCCUUUGUUCAUGGCCAUGAUGGGACCGCUGAAGGGAGACCCACUCUGGGUGAACGUGGGUCUGCUGGCUGUCAGCAUGCUGGGCUUCCUGUUGCCGCUCUACCUGCUGUACUUCAGGAAAACCCUGCACAAAAAGAGGAAGGAGAAAGAAAACAAUGCUAAAAUCUAUCUCAAAAUCAACGGCACUGACGUACCAGAGGCAUUUGUGUAAAGAAAACAGAUAAAGGGAAAAACGGAGGCAUGAGAGAAGCAUCACAGCAACACAAAAACAGACGAUUAAAAACUACCGUGCCUCUUUCUUCGAGGAUAACUCAAUGGACGGAAAGAGGAAUAAGAGAGACAGAAAGCAACCCUCUUCUUUGCCGCUUUAUUUUCAUUUAUACAGAUAUUUUAUAUUACGCAUUUGCACAUGUGAUAAAGUUUCCACCCUGACUGCUUCCUAUAAAACCUGGGGCAUUUCGGUACAGAGAAUUUUUUUUUUUUUAUAGAAAUACACCAUUUAUGCCAGCUGGAUGUUUUGAGCCAGCCUGGCCUGCACAGACAUUGUAAUGAUGCCAGUUGGCUGUCUUGCCCAGGAACACCCAAAACACCCCGAUUCAUUCAACACAACUUCACAAGGGAUAAACCAUUAUAGCCCCCGCUUUCGCUGUAAUAGUUGUGGCGCAAUGCAGUUGUAUUCACAAAAGACCACUUUUUUCAUUUCUAAUGAUCCACAAAGGGCUUUGGACAUUUUUCUAUGAAGUAAUGUUGUAUUUAUAAAAACCUCUGUGAUCUCUUUCGAUCACAGGACCUUCGUGAAAGCCACAGUUUGAGCAUUUCAGUUUGUAUAUAUGUUUCUACACUACAUGCGCAUGAGAUGCACACAUAAAAGCGGCUGAAAUGCUUAUGAUCUGCGAGGCGAUGGCUGAAAGCUGAGGCGCAGAUGUCAGGGCAACAACAGCACUUUUAACACAUGUCCCAUAACCCCCCCCCUCAUGACCCAUAAUUCCCUUUUUCUGUCUCUCUUUUACUAACAUUCUGUGAUGUUUCAGAGUGAGUUAAGAGUCAUUUGAGUCACUGAUCGUAAGAUCGAGUUAUAAUGGACCUCUGAAGUAAAAUAUUGUAAGUAAAUAAGCACAACUUAACUCGCAAAUGUGCCUUUCGUGCGGUUUACAGUGAAGGUAGCGAUGCUGAUGAUAGCUGACGGGAGGACUGGAGCCACGGAUACUGUGGAAAUGUUUUGGUGUUGUGUGUAACGUAUUUAUUUCUUUCAAAUCUAACGGACCAUAUGGACAACGCAGCCUUAUUUGCAAAGGUUUUUAUAUUAACUUACACCUCAGUGUUUCAGUGGCUGUUCAUGUAUGUAACCUUCAUGUAUUGUUCUAUAUGGCAUUACUGUUGAGGGCUAUAUUCAAUAAAAUGUUUAAUUAUU